AAAGACACCGUCACGAUGAUGUCGAUUCUUCUAGUAGGCGUAUUUCUCUCACUGUUAAUUUUCCUCUCCGUUGCCGGCAAUAUCCUGGUCUGUAUUGCCAUUUACACCGACCGAGGGCUGCGAAGGAUCGGCAACCUUUUCCUGGCAUCGCUGGCAAUCGCCGACCUGUUCGUGGCCUCGUUGGUAAUGACAUUUGCUGGUGUUAACGACCUUCUUGGCUAUUGGAUAUUUGGAACUAAGUUUUGUGAUACGUGGAUUGCUUUCGACGUCAUGUGUUCUACGGCUAGUAUAUUGAAUCUCUGUGCAAUAUCGUUAGAUAGGUACAUACAUAUCAAAGACCCAUUAAGAUACGGCCGCUGGGUGACCAGAAGAGUGGCCCUGGCCACAAUCGCCACCAUAUGGCUUCUGGCCGCUCUCAUUUCCUUCGUGCCCAUUAUGUUGGGCUUACAUCGACCACCCCAGCCCUUUGUCAUCGAAUCGGGCGGACAGAACUACCCCACCUGCGCCCUCGAUCUCACCCCCACCUACGCGGUCGUGUCCAGUUGCAUCUCGUUCUACGUGCCCUGCAUCGUCAUGUUAGGUAUAUAUUGUAGAUUAUAUUGUUAUGCUCAAAAACACGUGAAAAGCAUCAGGGCAGUGACUAGGCCCAUAGACUUACCAAAUUCAACGACCAAAAAGAAGAGCAUCAAACAGAAGAACAAGGCUCUUCAUAUUCACUUGCACAAUCAUCAGAGUUCGCCGUAUCAUGUCAGCGAUCACAAAGCAGCAGUCACAGUGGGAAUCAUUAUGGGAGUAUUUCUAGUUUGUUGGGUCCCUUUCUUCUGCAUAAACAUCGUAGCCGCCUUCUGCAAGACCUGCAUCCCCGACAUCACCUUCAAAAUCCUCACCUGGCUCGGCUACUCCAACUCCGCCUUCAAUCCCAUCAUCUACUCCAUCUUCAACACCGAGUUCCGGGAGGCGUUCAAGCGCAUCCUCACCGCCAAGUACCCGGAGUGGUGCAAGUGCGGCUACCAAUCGGUGGCCAUCAAUAACGAGAAGUUCGUCACCGAUUACGGCACGAAAACGCUGGUGGUGAACGCGAGGCGGAACGGUUCGUUCGGUGAAUUUUCCAGCGAACAUUUGAGCUGCGAAUCGGUGAGGCAGACGAGGGUCAAUUCGGCGGCCGACGUUCUGGGCGAUGACAUCAACGACAUUUGA